AUGGACGCCGCGGAGAUCGCGGAGAAGGUCCGCGCCCUCGAGGCCGCGCUCGCCGCCAAGGCCUCCCGCAUCUCUGACCUGGAGGCUAGGGUCUCCCUCCUCGAAGCCGAGAACACGCGCUUCAGGAAGGCCGCGCCCAAUGUACAGGCAAUGGAUCAUUCAGGCGACCAGGGCCCAACCUUCGGCCGAUUGGACGAGGGUUUCGGCGGAAACAAGCAAAACUCAGCGGGAGGCCAUCCGGUAAAUGGUUCUACAGAGGUCAGUGACCGCGGGCCAGAGGGGAUGGCUGUUGGCGUCGCCAUUAGGAGUAGCGCGGAGGAGAGCCUUCUUGCUGUCCCGGCUCCUUGGGAGCGCACAGUGCCGCCGGUGAUUGGCGAGAGCGGCGGCGAAGACGAGAUCGAGGAUGCUGAUGUGGGUCUUGAAGACGAUGAUGUUCCGAUUAUGCCACGAGGCAACAAGCGUAAAGCGAUGAUUGCCAGCGAUAGCGACGACGAGGACUGGAAUGACAAGGAUGGUAAAGUGCAGGAGGGGUUGGGUGUUACACCCGGUGGAAAGCGUUUGUUAAGUGGACUCAGUGAUGAUGAAGAUGAUGCUGAGGAUGUUUGUGUGGUUAGGCCAGAGCAUGUGCCAUGUGCAGCUGAGACAGGGAUUGAAGAUGAGGAGGACGAGGACGGGGAUGAUAGAAUCGUCAUUCGUGAAGUGGUUCAGACGACGAAGGACGAGAGGGGCAGUAGAGAUGAUGGUGAAUUGGGUGAAGAGUAUGUGGAGAGUGAGGAUGAUUCAGCAGAAGCCAGUAGUAUGGAUGGAUUUAUAGAUGAUGAGGAUUGUUCAGAAAAUUAUAAUGAAGAGCCUGUUGAGCCAGAAGAGUCUGACGGUGACAUGAACUAUAAAGAUGUUAUGGAUGCGAUACGUCGCAAAAGGAAUGCUAAUGGUAAGGGGUGGGACUACGAGGCAGAGAUGCUCUCAGCAUUUGCUGAACAGGAUGAACUUUGCUUGAAAGCCGUAUGCGCUCUCUACCGAAAGCAAACUGAGGAAGAACAGUCAAUAAAAGCCAGCAUGGUGCAUAACGGACAAGGAUUUAGCCAGAUGGAUGCUGUUAGGGGAUCUCACAUAGCAGAGUUUCUUCUGGAUGGUGAUGCUCUUGGACCACCUAGGAAAACUGUCGAUGAUUUGGAAAAAUACAACAAAUAUGCUCUCAAGUUCUGUCAGAAGAUCGCUAGGCAUUACUCAAAACAGCUUUUUGCGAUAUAUCAGAACAAGGAGGACCCCUACUUUCCCUGA